CUGCGCGGGAGGCAGUGAGACGCCGGGGACAGUACAGAGGGCCCCGUCGCCGGUGGCGCGGUCGGCCAUGGAGACUUUACGCAAAGCGCUGAUCGUGGGUGCCCUUCUGGGCGCGGGGGCUGGCGUGGGCUCCGCGCUCUUUGUCCUCGUGACCCCGGGAGAGGAGAAGAAGCAGGCGAUGCUGAAGGAGAUACCCGAGCAGGACCCGCGGCGCAGGGACGAGGCGACCAGAACCAAAGAGUUAGUGCUGGCCACUCUGCAGGAGGCAGCGACCACGCAGGAGAACGUGGCCUGGAGGAAGAACUGGAUGGUCGGCGGCGGCGGGAGGUCCGCGUGAGCCCGGACCUCCCUCGUGGGCGCUGGCACCUUGCUCCCGCGCAGGAGUCCGGCGCGGCCUUUCUCCUCCGUAGGCCCGGUAGGGAGUCCGGACCAGGGAUGCCGCGCCCAGGCCUCGUUGAGACCCCGGGAGCCGCUGCGGGGUGAGCACGUCCCGCCACCACCCGCAGACGCUGCACUGAUAGUCCGUCCUGCGUCGCCGGCCAGGGCGUGGGAUGUGGCUAACUGAAGGAACCAAUAAAUCACGUUCCUCCGUCCGGUCAGUGAGCCCUGCGGUCUGACGCCUGUGUCUAGAAUGUUCUGGGGAUCCGUGUAGGGGACGCGGAUGACUGUGGGUCCCACCGGCCCUGCAACGACCAUGUUUUCCAAACACAAGCCAGGUCAUGUGAUCUGAGGGGCCUUUCGGUGAUAACCAGGAGACGUUCUCGAAAUCAGAACUAUCCUGGAAAAUCCUGUAGCAGUAGAUGCCCAUGGAGGACACUUUGGGUGAGGUUGGAGAGGGGCUGUUGGUAUUUAGCAUGUGCGGUGAUGCUUUCUGGGGCUACCGAACCGUUGGAGGCCAAUUUAAAUUGCUGAGCGAAAGGAGCGUGCUUUAAGUCAGACAGAUCUUGAUUAAAGUCCUGCCUAUUACAAAACCUUUCUGAGCCUCAGUGCUGUUUCAUAAAAGGUGUUAAGUAUCUUGAAGGUUGUUGUAAAAAGAUUAACUUGGAAAUAAAGUGCAUUGCUUGGCACAGAGCAUCACUUCAAUAAAGGUAGGGGAGGGUUUCUCCUUCCAAGGAUUUCAAGGUAGUUCAGUGUCUGAAUCUAGUCAUGGCUCUCUUGCAGAUGCCACUGAAGUGAGGAAAUAAAGCUGGCAUUUGGGUCACACCCCACAUCCA